AUGAUCACCCUUCUGCCGCUAUCGGUGCCCUAUGCCACCGCCAGCGACGCAGCGGUGCGCACCACGCUCAAACACCACGACCCUUCCACAAAGACUGCAGCCGCCGACGACGACGACGAUGCCGAGCUCGAACAGCCAAAGGCGCUCGCCUACCUGCUCCAGAUCGACGACAUCCGCGUGCUGAUCGACUGCGGCGCUCCAGAGGACUUUCUAUUUGCCCCUGUCGACCCCUCGGCUGCGGCAGCCAAGCCCAGCAAGAUCGACGGCGACGACAGCGACGCCUCCUCGCCGCCAGCAGAAUCGUCAGCCAUGGCACAGGGCCGUGCAGACGGACAGCAACAGAAGCAGCAGCAGGAGCAGCGACACAAGGACCUCGAGACGCUCGCCUCGGGCCCGCUCGACCAGAUCCUCGCCCAGCUCGCACCCACCAUCGACCUCGUCCUCCUCUCGCACUCGUCCCUCUCCCACCUCGGCCUGUACGCCUACGCCUACGCGCGCCUGGGCCUCCGCUGCCUCGUCUACGCCACCAUGCCCGUGCAGAGCAUGGGCAAGCUCACCGUCACCGAGGCCGUCGAGGCCUGGCGCACCGAGGUCGACAUCGACCGCGAGCGCACCGAGCUCGAGGCCACCGGCGGCCUCGCCGACCGCCGCUGCAUCCCCACGCUCGACGAGGUCGACGAGGCCUUCGAGGCAAUCAAGACGGUGCGCUACCUCCAGCCCACGCACCUCGAGGGCAAGUGCACCGGCAUCACGCUCACCGCCUACAACGCCGGACACGCCCUCGGAGGCGCUGUGUGGAAGCUCCGCAGCCCCACGUCGGGCACCGUCCUCAUCGCGCUCGACUGGAACCACAACCGCGAGCGCCACCUCGACGGCACCGCGCUCCUCGCCUCGUCCGGCGCCGCCGCACCCUCGGCGGCCGGCGGUGCGCCCAGCGGCAUCUCGGACGCCGUGCGGCGGCCUGACCUACUCAUCACCGAGAUCCAGCGCGGCCUCGUCGUCAACGUGCGCCGAAAGGACCGCGACGCCGCGCUCCUCGACCUCGUGCACAAGACGAUCCAGGGCGGGCACUCGGUCCUGUUCCCCGUCGACCCGUCGGCGCGCCUGCUCGAGCUGCUCGUCCUGCUCGACCAGCACUGGGCCUACGCGUACCCGCACGCACGCUUCCCGCUCUGCCUCGUCAGCCGCACGGGCAAGGAGGUGCUCGAGCGGUCGCGCACCUACAUGGAGUGGAUGACGCGCGAGUGGGCCACAAAGGCCGGCGAGGCGGCUACCGAGGAGGCAGGCGAGGGCGCCCGCGGCGCGCGCGGCGGCGGCGGCGGCCAGGGCAACCGGCGAGGCAAGGGUGCAAAGUCGCAGCAGGCGCCCAUUUCGCCGCUCGACUUCAAGUUCCUCAAGGUCUUCCCGACGCUGGCCGCGCUCGACGAGGCGGUGCCGCGCGACCAGGCCAAGGUGGUGCUGGCGGUGCCGCCGUCGAUGACGCACGGCCCUUCGCGCAGGCUGUUUGCCCGGUUCGCAGAGAACCCCAACGACCUCGUGGUGCUGCUGCAGCGCGGGCAACCGGGCAGCCUGUCGCGCCACCUCUGGGACGUGUGGAGCACCAGCCAGGACGACCAGUUCCGCUGGACCAACGGCAAGCUCGGCAGCGCCGUCUCGCCGCCGCAGGUCGAGGUCGAGUUCGAGCUCAAGUCCAAGGUGCCGCUCGAGGGCGACGAGCUGCGCGCCCACCUCGAGGCGGAGCAGGCGGAAAAGGAGAAGCAGGCGCAGCAGCGGGCCCUCCUGGCGCGGUCGCGGCGGCGACUCGAGGCCGACGAGGACGACGAGUCGGAUUCCGACGACGACGAUGAUGAUGACGACGACGACGACGAGGACGACAGAGAUGGCGCGGGAAAAGGCGCCCCGGUGGGUAAGAUCGCCGGCGGAGGCUUUGCUGAACCGGGCAGCAUGGGCCGCAAGCGCAACCACGCGCUCGCGUUUGACGAGAGCGGCGGGCGGGGCGGGGCGGGCGGUGCUGCCGGCGCGGGAGGCGGCCUCGACGACGGAGCCAACGGCGAUGCUGCCACGCAGGUCUCGUUCGACAUCUACCUCAAGGGCAACGCCAGCCGCGCCACGACCUUUUUCGGCUCCAAGGUUGGCGGCGCCGGUCAGGAGGGGCCCUUUGGCGUCGGCGUGCGGUACCGGCUGUUUCCCGUCGUCGAGCGCAAGCGGCGCAUCGACGGCUACGGAGAGACGAUCGACGUGGCGCGCUGGCUCAGCCGGCGAAAGGAGAUCGAGGGCGGCGGAGGGGGCACCGGCACCGACGCCCUCGGCGAGGCCAACACGGGCGACGACAAGACGGGCAAGCGGCGGCGUACGGGCGAGGUGCGCGCGCAGGCACCGGCGCCACCGUCCAAGUUCAUCACCGAGCACGUCCGCGUCGCCGUGUCGUGCCGCCUCGCAUUCGUCGAGAUGGAGGGCCUCAACGACGGGCGCGCGCUCAAGACACUCAUCCCGCAGAUGCACCCGCGUCGGCUCAUCACCGUCAAUGGCGAUGCGGCCACGCGGCGCGACAUGCUGGCCGCGCUCCAGGCCGUCAAGAGCAUGACGCGCGAGGUGUACGCGCCGGCGCUCGGCGAGUCGGUGCGCAUCGGCGAGCUGACCAACUCGUACGCCGUCAUCCUCGGCGACACGCUCCUCAAGGGGCUCAAGAUGAGCCGCGUGGCGCAUCUGGCGCGGCCGACUUCGACGGCGCUCGGGCCGACGCUGUUCGUGGGCGACCUGAAGCUGUCGACGCUCAAGGCGGCGCUGUCGAGCUCGAGCUACCGGCUGGCGUCCGAGUUUGCCGGCGAGGGCAUGCUCGUCUGCGGCGCCCAGAACGGCAUCGAGGCCGUCACGGUGAAAAAGGAGAGCCAGGGCCGCAUCGUCAUCGAGGGCAACGUGGGGCGGAGGGUGCGCGACGUACGCAAGGCCGUCUACGAGCUGCACGCCCGCGUCUGA